AUGGAAGCCACCAAGAAGGUGGGGGGCCCUGAUCCAUCAGGCCACCAGGACCACCCCUUGGUCAGCAGCCAGCAUCUGGGGGGUAGUCUCAGAGGAUCCCAGGGACUGUGGAUAAACCCGGGAUCUCUAUACGUCAAGCAGGGGCUAUCACUGUCCAAUGAGACUGCCAUUGAUGGGACCUGCGGCUCAAUCCUCCAAGCCCACCUGCCUGAGUCCGUUCACCAGCAGCUCCGUAACUCCUCCAGGGCCAGUUCCCAGUGCGAGAGUGAGCAGUCCUCCCAGGAUACAUCAAGACUGUCUUCCACUGACCCAUUUCCAAGUUCCAUCGUGGGAGGAGCCCCACAGCAUCUCAACCUGGAGGACAGGACCCUGCUCUUACCUGUAUGCAGGCUCAGUGGCAGUGGUAGUGACAUGUCCCAGCACGGACCCUGCAACCCCCGACUCCAGGUGCAGGUUGGGAGUGAGAUCAAGGCUCCAGCCAAAGUCUUGGUAGGCUGGGGCAAAGAGCCCUGCAACCCCAAACAAAUGGCUCCGGUGGUCAACAGGAAGAGUCGGUGGUUACCCUACUUCUUCUCAGGAGAGCAUGGGCUAAUUGAAGGCCAAGGUCCUCUUCUAGCUCCAGCUCAGCUCCCAGCUCAAGAUCAGGGCCAGGGCAAGCAGCCAGGUCCGGCUCAGGCUAAAACUUCUUCACUGUCACUGGCUCCUCCAGUGGCUUCAGUGGCUCCAGCAGUGGCUCCAGUAGAUGUGACCCCAACACCUGCUGCAGUCGAACCUCACACCCCUGAACACCAGAAUGAAGCCAUUUUAGUUCCCAAGGGCCUCUCUCAGGACCUCCUCCUCAGGUGUGGCAACCAAUGGUCAGUUCUCAUGCAGUCUUCCAAAGUGGCCAACUCUUGCCAAGACAAGAUGAACUUUUACUCCAAGGAGACUUCCACCCUGACGCCUACUCUGGAAGAGUUUGUGGAGCACAUGCAGGAGUUCGAGAUUAUCCAAAGGCAGGUCACACCUGAACAGCCUGAGACAUUGAGGGAGAAGCCGCUGGGCUAUACCUCCAUGCCUGGCAGCCCAAUACUGAGUCAGAAGACCCCAGACACCCCCAAGACCCAAAGUAGCCACGACAUCCAGAGUUCUCGGCCAGAGAAGCAGCCACCCAACAGUUCCACCAAGAGCAGCCCCAGUGUGCCACUGUCUGCCCACCAGGUCACCUCUCACAAGCAGCCCUUGUCCCAGUAUCCCCAGGAAGCCAUGCAGAUUCCCCCACCCAGUGCCCCCACCUGCCAGCUCAGGGAUGCCGUGGAAGAUCGUGUGCUGGUGUUUGACAUGGCCACAGGCAACACCAGGAUGGGGCUGCUGUGCCAUGACCCUAUGGGUUCCCGGGCAGUACUGGUGGGCCUCAUGCCCAAUGCCCCUUCUCUCUAUGCUUCUGAAACCUUGCCAUCCUCCCGGUCACUGGGCAAGCCCAUUCUCUCCCCUGACAGCAAUCACUCCACCUUCUGGCCCACCACACCCAUGCUCUCCAGCCCUGUGCCCUCCAGCCUGUCAUCUGGCAGCUACCGAGAGGUGGCUCUGGUUCCCAAGGAAGGCAGACUCCACCUGGAGGCCUGGAACGCUCCAGGCACAGAGACACCCAUUGGAGUCGGGAUGCUCACUGGGCCUGUACAGCUCGGAAUGCCCCUCCAGUUUAGAGACAGGAUCCUGACACAUGGCCCUGAUCCUGGCUGGUCCAAACCUGAGGCUGACAAAGCUGGAUCUAGUCGUACCAUCUGGAUGCUAGAUUCCCUGAGGAUGCCAGAGGCCAAGAAACUCCAGUGGGUGAACUCAGAAUUGGCUUCAACGCCCAACACACAGCAGGUGCCUGAAUCCUCACUUCAGGAGGACUUGCACAACCAUAAACAGAAAGAGGUUAUUGCCAUUCUCCCUGAAGGCACUCGGGCUGAAGAUGCUGGACAGGCCUCUCUCACUGGUCAGAUGUUUCUCAAUGGGCAGAGCCUACUUGCUGGACAACCACCUCUAACCAGGAAGCCCUCCUUCACCAAGCAGACCCCCCUUCCCAACCAGCCCCCUCUCACCGGGCAGACCCCUCCUGCUAUCCAAAUUUCCUCCUCUGGGCAGGUGCCAGUCGCUGGGAAGCCCCUCGUUAUCAAAGAGACCCCUCUCUCAAGAGGGCCCCCCACCACCACCACAAUCACUGGAGAGCCUGUCCAGGCCUCUGCCCAGGAAAGUGAGCCCUUGGACCUGCCUCCCCAUGUUGGGGUGCUCCGGGUGCCCCUGGCCCCUGAGGAGGCCUCUAUCUACAUGGGCCAAGACAAAGUUGGCAUCGGUAGUACAGAAAGCACCAGCAUACAUCGGCUCUCAUCCUGGCAAUCCGGCAACUCCCAGGGGACACAGGAGGAGCAGCUUUCCUUCAUCACUUUUACCACGCCUGGCAAGGCCUUGCCCAUGGCCAUUGUGAACACCGAGCCCCAGAAUGUUCGGUUCAAGCUGACGGCUGAGGACGUCACCCGCCAGCCUAUGGUCGCGCACCUUGGCCUGCUCCACGGGACCUGCUAUGAGCUGGUAUCCACCGUGGAUACCCUACCUGUGCAGUCCCCCGUGCUCUGCCGCCAUUCACUCAGUCCCUACCAGGGCAUGGCGGCUGUGGUGAUCGACACUGGUACAGGAUUCACCAAAUGUGGGCUGGCUGGGGAGAACCAUGUCCUCAACGUGGUCCCUUCACGAGUCCAGCUGCUGCAGCACGCAGCCCAGGGCCAGCCCCGGUAUGCUGUACCUGAAAACCAAGAGGGCUCCUACCCGAUGCUGAACAGAGGUGUGGUCUCUGACUGGGACGCGCUUGAAGUGCUGUGGCAGCACCUGUUCUAUUGCAGACUGGGCGUGCAGUCAGAAGAACUGGCUGUGCUCGUGGCCGACUCGCCCAUCUCACCGCGGACCAAUCGGGAGAAGGUGGCAGAGAUCUUGUUUGAGCGCUUCCGGGUGCCUGCAAUGCAGACCGUGCACCAGGCCCUGCUGGCACUUUAUGCUUACGGGCGCACCACAGGUCUGGUUGUGGGCAGUGGCCAUGGCACUUCAUAUGUGGCACCCAUCCUCACCGGAGACCUGGCUCCGCUUGACACCUACCGACUAGAUGUGGCCGGUGGUGACCUCACUGAAUAUUUGACUCAACUAUUGCUGGCAGGUGGCCACUCACCCCCCAAAGCAGGGCUGGUCAACCAGAUUAAAGAGGCCUGCUGCUACGUGGCCAUGGAUAUGACUGCCGAGAUGGCCCGGACCCAAGCCCAGGCCAGAGUGGACUUUGUGCUCCCGGAUAAGCAGGUUAUCACGCUGGGCUCAGAGCGGUUCUGCUGCCCCGAAGCCCUCUUCCAGCCCAAUCUGCUGGGCCUCAACCAGCCUGGCCUCCCACAGCUGGCCUUGCUCAGUAUCAGCAGGCUGGAGGCCAAGCAGCAGGAACAGCUAUUAGCUAACGUGGUGCUGGAUGGUGGCAGCACUCUGCUGAGUGGCUUCCCCGAGCGCCUGAAGCAGGAAUUGGGCCACAGGGCCACCGUGCUGGGCUCCCCACACCGUGCAGUGGCUGCCUGGCUUGGGGGCUCAAUCAUGGCAUGUCGGGACUCGUUCCAGAGCCUGUGGCUCAGUCGUCGUGAGUACGAGGAAGAGGGCCCAUGGGCUAUCUACAAGUACCAGCUGUGA